AUGCGGCAGAUGAAGGAUGUACGAGGGCUGAAGAAAAGAUUAGAGGGUGUGUGCGGUCUCCCCAGCUUCCGGCAGCAGCUCCUGCAUGACGGGGCAGUUUUGGACGACGAGACCAAACUAGCACGGCUGGAACUUCCUGUCGAUCUACAGUUGGUUUUGCUGAGCUUCGGUUCCGUAUCUCAGAAGCAGAGGAAUGAGUUCAGCUUCGCCGUUGCCAGAGGACGAACGUCUGAGGUUCAGAGGAUGCUCCAGAGCCCCCAGGAUCCCGACCUGGCCGAUGAAGCCGGCGAAACACCCCUCCUGGUGGCCACGAAACAUGGUCAUGCAGAAGUUGCACUUCUACUCUUGGAGGCGGGAGCUGAUGUCAACUUACCCAACCGCCGGGGGUGGACAGCUCUCACCCGCUCAUCUGCGGAGGGGCGCGUGGAUUUCGUGCGCUUGUUGUUGGAGGCUGGAGCUGACACUGAAUGCGCCGGCGGCGAGUCGAACGAAGCAGCAGCGCUUUUCCAGGCUGUUCAGCAUGGGCACGUGGGAGUCGUUCGGUUAUUGCUGGGGUCCCGCGCCAAUGUGGCCCUGAGGAGCAAGUCUGACGGUCAGACGCCUUUGACGCGCGCGUCCCUGAGUGGACACACGGAGAUAGCUUGCUUACUUCUGAAGUCACGGGCGGAGGUGGAUGCUGCCGACGAUUGCGGAGCCACGGCGCUUAUGUUUGCAUCUAGUCGAGGCAAUGCCGACAUUGUGAGCCUUCUUCUGGAGGCAAGGGCUGGCAAGGACAUGGUCACCACUCGGGGAACCCUUUUCUUAUCCAAUAAGAUCGGCCAGACCGCGCUCAUUCAAGCCUCUUACGCUGGCAGACUGGAAGUCGUCCGAUUACUGUUGCGCAGCCGGGCUGACACAAAGAUGAUGAAUUGCCUUGGUGAAAGUGCUCUUUCCUGUGCAACGCAGCAGGGCCAGACGUCUGUUGUGCAACUGCUACGAGCCAGCAACGCCCCUUAG